GAAUUUCAUUCUUCCUUUUUGCCGGUCUGUUGCUGAACAUGUUCGUGAAAGCCAUGGAAUAGUUUUAAAUUAGUAAUAAAAAUUGAUUAUAGUUCUAGUUUGCUAUAUUUAUUAUUAUUAUUUUUUUACUAAUAACAACGUUUUCAAGCGUUUUGUUAAAAAUGUUUUUCGCUGUGGAAAUAAAUGGAAUUCAGGAACAUCAAAAGGAGCUGUUGUUGCAAGUUUUAAACUCUAAACGAUUACUGAUCGACCAUGUUGAAAUAUUGGAGGAAUGCUUUGACGUCGUAGGGCACCAUAAACUAAAAACUCAUUUAACCGCAAGCAAAUUUGCUGCUCUGGGAUCGAUUCCUGUGGGAUCCUUUUUUCUGUCUUCCAAAUUCAACACAAAAUGGAUAUAUUCGCUGUCCACAUUAUUUGCAACCGCCUAUGGUAUUUGCUACGGUGUUAAAUGGUUCAAUCGGCGUCGGUACCAACAGCAGCGGAAGUGGCUUUUGCAGUUCAUCCGAACGUUGGAACGUUUCGAAAUGGCAGUAAAGAAAACACUUAUCUUCGUAAACGAAAGUCAGCACUAUCGAGGAAUGCAAGUCGCAUUGGAAAAAUCCGGUUUAGAGGUGGGGUCGCUUGCUAGUAAUUGUGCAAGGUGUUGCGUAGAAACUAUCAAAGAGAUACACUCCUGCAUCAAGAAGUUGGAACAGGAAUGCGCAUUAACUGAGCGGUGGAAUAACUUGUACGCCCCGAUAGAGUCCUUAGAAGACUGUGAACUAUUCUCCGAAAGUUCCAUUGCCAAUGUAAGAGAUGUAAAAUCGACGAAGGAUUAUUACAACAUUUUUGCCUACAUGCAAUCUCAGUUUCUUACACGACUGGCUCUCUCAGUUAUUUGUGGGCUGUCGGAUAUAGAUCAGUGCAAUUUACCUGAGCUAUGUGCCAGGAUUGAUAAUCAAACAGCUUCCUGCUUGGUUCAAUUCAACGCGAUAGUCGAUGCCAAUCGAGAACGAGUUCCACGCAUUAGAACAAAAACCCUUCCAUUGGAAAUGUCACAUUUGCGAACACUAUCGAUCAGUUUGGCAGCUAAACUUUAUAAUACCGUCCACAGAUAUAAUAGAAUCGAACAUGUUAUGGAUGAAAUUUUAUUAAGUUCCAAGGACAAUAAUCAUAUACCACAACUGCAGGAAAUGGAACUUGAUCUUGAAGACAUCAUUAACAAUUUGAGUGCGUCGACUGAAGAAUGCCAGCGACUGAUGAUCACACUGAAAAAACUGAUCCAUAAAGAUGAUGAAAAUAUUCCUCUUGAGAUCGAUGCUCAUUUCAAAGAGAAAAUUGAGCAAUCCUUGGAUAUGAUUCCAAGCGUGGAACGAAUUUAUUCUGAGAACGAUAAACCAUGCGUUAAAGACGAAUUUUUCGCUGUGGAUGGAACCAUUCAGGAUUGGUUGAGUGAAGAUGAACAUAGAUCGCUUACCGACGAUUUAGAAAGUAUCAACUCAAAAAUUGUCAAGAGACAAUUUAAACCAGUGUUGGUGCAGCUUCGUGAACGAAUUGAACCCAUUGGAGUGGAGUUCAAGGAACGUGAAAAGCGAGCAUUGAAGGACAAAGGAAUAGAAGUCGUGGAUUCGGAUGAGAACGAGGAAACAAGUGACGAGGAGGGAAGUUUAGAUUUUGUACCAAUCAAGAGAACAGUCUACGGUAGCGAUUCGGAAGACGAUCAAGAGCCGGAUGAACGAAAUGCCAUUAAGUUUCAAAAGAGCAUUCAACGUUACGAUGAAGUUCGUGGAUUCCUGGCAAACAAAGAACAGGUUAAUAUUUUUGGGUUGAAACCUAUGGAAAGCUUGGUUAAUGAAGAUGUGCUUGAAUAAAAUGGUGAAGAUGAGUUGUGUUGGCGAAAGAAA